AAGACGUCAGUUCCGUCAUUUGUUUUCAGACGAUAAUCUAAAUGAGGAAAAACAAAACGCUUCAUCUGAAUCGUCGGACGUAGAAGAUUGUUCCGAGAUGGAGAGAUUACGCAGAUACCUGGCUCAAAAGUUAAGACUCGUCGACCUGCCGGCGGGUGAGCAAAGUGACGAGUCACAAUUGCAGCCGACCCUUCGCAAGCUCAGUUUGGACGGGAUUGUCGAAUACAUUAAGGAAAAUGAGAAUUGCAAAAUCAUCACUAUGGCAGGCGCUGGCAUUUCUACCUCUGCUGGGAUACCAGAUUUUCGGUCUCCAUCCAGUGGACUUUACCAUAAAUUAGACAAAUAUAAUUUACCCCAUCCGCAAGCAAUUUUCGAGUUAGAGUUUUUCAUGAAGAAUCCAGAGCCAUUCUUCACUCUUGCGAGAGAAUUGUUGCCGGAAGGCUUCAAACCUACGAUAAGCCAUUAUUUUAUUCGCCUACUGUGGGAGAAAGGUUUAUUGUUACGGCAUUACACGCAGAAUAUUGAUACGCUGGAACGUGUAGCUGGAUUGCCAUCUGAAAAACUAGUGGAGGCUCAUGGAACGUUUCACACUGGUCAUUGUCUCAAGUGCCGAGCACCAUAUACACUUCCAUGGAUGAAAGAAAAAAUAAUAGAAGGUGCAAUACCAAAAUGUGAAGAGUGCGAUGAAGGUGUUGUGAAACCUGACAUAGUCUUCUUCGGUGAAAUGCUCCCUGAACGUUUCCAAGUACUUGCUGAUCGAGAUUUCGUAGAGGCUGAUCUUUUGAUUAUCAUGGGAUCAAGUUUAGUAGUGCAACCUUUUGCAUCGCUAGUGGAUAGAGUACGAACCACUUGUCCUCGUUUACUCAUCAACAAUGAAAAAGUGGGUAUGCAAGAUCGUCUAUCACGAUUCUUAGGAUUGCGGCAGGGCUUAGUAUUUGAUGCCAAGAGCGCGCAUGGGGGACGUGACGUAGCCUGGUUGGGUGAUUGUGACACAGGUUGUCAGCUGUUAGCAGACAAACUUGGCUGGAGGGAUGAAUUGCAAGCUCUCAUGCAAAGAGAACGUGAAAGUUUAAAAGCAGAAGACAAAAGCGACAAUUAACUGAUAUUAAUUGGGUAACGAUAAUUGGUAGUGCUUUCUUCUAGAAGGAAUAAAUGGAUUAUCGUUUUAUUAACGAUUUAUGUCAUCUGAAAAAAAAGUUAUAAAGAUAAAAUUUUACUUAAAAUAGGCGACGAGAAAUAUUGUUGGAAUUUUAAAAUAAGAUAUAUAAUACGGUU